AUGAGCGUGCAGUACGCCAUCGUGCUGCUCUACCAGAUAACACUGAACAAGCUGCUCAAAUCAACAAUCCCCUUGAACAAUGAACUGUUCUACUGGGAACUGACAUCAUCGACAUCUUGGAGAACUGCACUGUAUGCCUUGCAGACUUUCCCGAGUAGAUUGACGAGACUAUUUAGCACAGUUGUCGAGGACUUGCGACCAAGAGCUACAAGCACCAUGGAGUGGCGAUUCACAAAGUUUGUUGGGUUAUCAACUGCUACACCGGGAUCGUUAUCCAAAAUGGGGAUCAGUUAUACAAAGAUUAUAUUGGGCUCUCCAUUCAUGUCCAUAUUGCAUGAAUUACACUGUCAAGUACAGGAUACCCAACAAGUACACAGGGAAAAUGCCAUUGAAUUGGGGAAACUUCUGAAGAGUUUACCAAAAGAUGUAACCUUGCUGGACGAUGAGGGCUGUGUUGAAACAAUCAACAAGUUUAACGAGGUUCUGGGCUUUUUGCAAGGAGAUGGCACCGACCCAGUUGAAACACUGCUACAGACAUUGGAACAGCUGCCACAGCUGUUCGACUCAUGGAGGUUGAAACUAUCGCAUGUCCAGAGACCUUCCCUACUGACGAGAUACUGGCCAACCAUCUUGUUAUCCUUGUUAUAUGGACCUUCAACAAUCAUCUCAAUCGUCUCAAACCGUGAUGCCAUUGUUGAGUUCUUCACGCAUUCCGUAUGGGGUACAAUCACUGGCUUCUAUAGCAACUGGAUCCUAAAGCCCACUAUGAACAUAUUGCAGACGAUUAGACACGAUGACAACUCUGAAAUCAGCAUCAUGUCACAGAGGUCGCUCUCUUCCGACCUGGAUUCGCUGAAAAGAAUGGUUAUCGAAUACACCGUGGAAAACUCGUCUGAGUAUAAGAACUUGUCCAAUGAAGAACUCUCGAAUCUGACGGAGCACUUGGAUAAGAUGGUUUCCACGGGAGAUCUGACACCAUUGAUGAAGAACUAUGAAAGCGACAUCAAGCAUCCGUUGAAGAGUACAAUUAGUGGCACAUUACCUAGAGCACUGCUGAUCCAAUUGCAGAAGACCAAGGUUGACGGUGCAGUGGCCAUGAGUGGUAUAGACAAGCUGCUGAAAUCUCAAGAACUGGUCUUUGGAAUUGUUGCAGCAUCACCUAGUCUGCUGGUCUUGGUGUACACCUUUGAUGCGUUGAAGAGCUACAUCAAACGUGGUUAUGUAAUGAGAAACGUUGCUCAGAAGAAAGUACAAAUCUCCAGAGUGUUGAACAACGUUGAAAGGCUGUUGAUCCAAUUGCAAGAACUAGAUCAACAGAGUGAGCUAUUGGACGAGAUUAACGGCUCCUUGGUGCUGGAACUGGUGUCCCUGAGGCAACUGGGGAUGUUGUUGGUUCCAAGCUAUAAGCAGAAGGAAUGGAUACGUGAUAUCAAUGACCUCAUUGAUACAGACAAGCUGAAAACCAGGUUAUACACCGUCACAAGGAUAUAUCACGUAUACGGAACCUUCUUCCAGUGA